UGAAUCAGCCACACCUCGUAAUCAAGCAGACGGUUUACUGCAGAAUGAGACGUUGGACUCUCUGCUGGCUGACCUUGUCUUUCACGUUUCAUCACAAUGUGGAAACAAAUGAAAGACCUGCGCAAAAAAAUCCCGCAUCUCCAGGUUGUUGUAAAGCGUUAGACAAAUUAAAUUGCAAAAUGCCUUCUGAUCCAGAGCAGAAAGACGCUGAUCAUGCAAGCUGCUGCAUGGAAACCUUCCCGUUACUACUGCAUAACAUUCCCCAUGACGACACUGUCAAAGCCCUCGGAGUCCUACAGAAAGUUCUGGAGGAAACCGAGACGACUAAUUCUACAGCCUUGUACCAGGACAACAUGGUGGCUUUACUGUACAGACCCACUGGUGACUUUAAAGGUCUUCAGAUUGCAGCCAGUGACAAACAGGUAACGAUAGAUUCAGAUGUUCCAAACAGCAAAGUGAGCGUUCAACUUCCAAGUGAGCUCAAUGCUGGACAGAAUAAUACUAUCGUGUUCUGCAUGAUCCAGUUACCUAAUGAGACGGCUCUGGAGCGCUCAGAUGAACUGCAUGACCGUCGGCUUGUCGGCCUGAGUGUCGGUGGCAGGAGCGUUUCAGGACUCCAGGACCGAGUCAGCAUCACCAUAAACACAGAAACAAGCAUACAUAAAACCCUGAAGCCCAAAUGUGUGUUCCUGAACACCACAGAGAAAAAGUUCAGUACUUCAGGCUGUGAGACAAAGUGGGAUCAGAAUCAAAUCAACUGUUCCUGUGAUCAUCUCACAUACUUUGGUGUGCUGAUGGUGUCUGCAGAGUUCUCCCCUAAAGACGAGGCCAUCCUGUCCUACAUUUCCUACAUCGGCUGUGGCAUCUCUCUGACCGCUCUGGUCAUCGCCGUUUUGCUCUUCAUCACACACAGGAAACUGAGAGCAGACGAUUCCAAGAAGAUUCACAUCAGCCUGGCAGUCGCUCUGAUCCUCCUCAACGUUCACUUCCUCCCCAGCCAGGCGGUGGCAGCGUCGUCCUCCACUGAGCUUUGCCGUUAUGUGGCUCUUCUUCUUCACUACUCCCUGCUGGCCUCUUUCACCUGGAUGGCCUUGGAGGGCUUCCACCUCUACCUCCUCCUGGUCAAAGUCUUCAACAUCUAUGUGAGGCGAUACCUGCUGAAACUCAGCGUGGUGGGAUGGGGUCUUCCAGCGGUCAUUGUGACAGUGGUGGUGAUCGUUGACCACAACAUGUACGGCCGAGCCUCACUGGACCAGUCUAGGCCUAAUGAGACCGCAGUAUGCUACAUCACCGAUGACAAGGUGAAGAUGGGAACCACACUGGGACUGUUCGGCAUGGUGUUCGUCGUUAAUGCCGUCAUGUUUGGAGGGAUCGUGAAAUGGCUAAUGUGUGACAAGCUUAACAAACAGACUGCGCCGAGUAAGACAAGCAAAGCUAAGCGAGAACUUUUCACCCUGCUGGUUCUGAUGGUCCUGCUGGGACUCACCUGGGGCCUGAUCUUCUUCUCAUUCGGCCAGCUGACCACUGCUGGCCUCUACGUAUUCUGCAUUAUCAACUCCCUGCAAGGUUUCUUCAUCCUCAUUUAUUUUGUCUUGUCGAUGAAGAAGAUCACAGCGUCAUCCUUCAAGCCGAGCUCGGAAACGUUCAGCACUAAAUCCUGAAGACACCCAGGAAAUGUUUGCAUUAUUUGUAUGACAGUAAUAUCUCAGAUUGUGUUUUUAAAGAAAAUAAUGUGCCAUUGAAAUAAGCUUUGCAGACGAUGAUAUUUUCAAAAAGAUCCAAAAAAAUCCUCAAAACCUUCAUUUAAUAAUACAUCACAGUGUUUUGCACAGAAGUACCUUCAUUUUUUUAAGUCUUCAUAUAAAUAAAUCGUAAUCAGGCUUUA